AAGUCACAUACAUCCCUUCUUCUCAGACUCCUUUUUAGAACUUCAUUACCAUAUUUAUCAAAUCAAUAAGCAUGGGUGUUUUCACAUAUGAGAAUGAUAACACCUCAACUGUGCCUCCUGCUAAGUUAUUCAAAGCAGUAGUGCAUGAUGCAGAUGUCAUUGUUCCAAAGGUUAUUGAUUCACUCAAGACUGUUGAAAUCGUUGAAGGAAAUGGUGGUCCAGGCACUGUCAAGAAGAUCACUUUUGUUGAAGGAGGACAAACCUUGUAUGUGUUGCAUAAAAUUGAAGCUAUUGAUGAUGCAAAGUUUGAAUAUAGUUACAGUAUAGUUGGAGGUGUCGGUAUAUCAGAUAUAGUUGAGAAGAUAUCAUUUGAGGCCAAAUUGUUUGAAGGUCCAAAUGGAGGAUCUGUUGGGAAGUUGACUGUCAAAUAUCAUACCAAAGGAGAUGCUAAGCCUAUUGAAAAGGAAGUUGAGGAAGGCAAGGCAAAGCGUGAUGCUCUUUUCAAGGCCAUUGAAGGUUACGUUUUGGCCAAUCCUAAUUACAAUUGAUGAUACAAUCAUCACUGUCCUUUUUAGCUCUGUCGCUGUCUUCUUAAUAUAAGUUAGCUUCCAAUGUAAUAAAAUGUUAUGCUGUCUUGUUUGUUCCCUUUGCUUCUGAACUUUGAGCUAUGGUAUCUUUGUAUAUCACUUUAUCAAUAAUACAAUACUUUUGUUAUUAAA